CCCCUCCUUUUUUUUUUUUUUUAAAACCAGGUACAAUGCCUAUCUUGUAAGCAACACACACAUGUAUACACCGUGGAGCAGUCCCUGGAAACGGCCAAAGAGACUCCAUCUGGCAGAUUCAUCCAAGGCUGGAGAAAGCUAUCGACAGAUAAGGCAAAGGAUAUUGGGAAUCAUGAAGGUUGAGGCUACUCUGUUUCUUUAAGAAGUAUGCUUGUGAUUUCACGGACUAUGCAGUGGCCUCCAUGGCUAUGAUAAGCUUCCUGUUUGUGGCGGUGAUGUAUGUGGUCCAGCACCUGAUUCUUGUCAGUGACCGGAUGGACCUGGACACGCUGUCCCGAAGCAGACAACUGGAGAAGGUAAUGAUCGAAGAGAUGCGGCAGCUGGAGCUGGAGUUUGAAGAGAGAACUCGAGAGGAGGAGAUGCAGCAGGCGGUCUGGAAACCAAUAGAAAUUGAGGAAGAAAACCAUCAAGAAACUGAGGAAAAAAACAGCAAGGAGAACAACGUCCUAUCGGAAGAUUCGGAGAAGGCCUGGGCAUUCCAAUCUGAACGUCCCAAAGGGCCGCUAGGCUGGAUGCUGGGGAACCUAUGGAAUGCAGGGCUUUUUGGUCUGUUUCUGCUCUUUGAACUUCUCCGGCAGAAUAUGCAACAUGAGCCAGCUUUUGACUCCAGCAGUGAUGAGGAAGAGGAGGAAACCACUGGUGAGACUGUCACUACCUGCAGUUGGCUGUCUGACUUUCCUAAGCAGGAAGACUUAGAUUCCUUUUUUGAACAGAACCUCCAAAGCACCACCCGAGACCUGCCUAGUACUUGUGAGUUUGUGGAGAGCUUUGUGGAUGACUUGGUAGAAGCCUGUCAAGUGCUGGGCCGGAGGGAGAUACACCCCCAGUUGGAGGACUGCCUGGGCAUAGGUCCCGCCUUUGAGAAGUGGGGCAUCGGCCAAGACGCUCACCGGUUUGAGGUGCUGGUGCCCAUAUCUGCCCCACAAAGCAACUCGUUCCACCUAGAUAUGAGAACCAUGGAGUCCGGUCUCCUCCGCUGUGGCCGGGUGGUGGUGGAGUCGGAGUGCGUAUGCAAGCGAGAAAAGCUUCUGGGGGAUGUGCUGUGUCUUGUCCACCACUGGGACCACACCAGUGGUGGCAAGCCCACCAACACCCUGAAGUCCAACUUCUGUACUGGCUCCACCCUGGAUGUGUACAAGACCCUGUACUGGUUCCGAAGCAUAUUGGGGAAUGCCUGGGCCCUUGUGGCCCAUAAAUAUGACUUUAAGCUUAGCCUCCCUCCUUCCGUCACUUCCUGUAAACUGAGGCUGGACUACCGCUCAGGUCGGUUUCUCUUAAUCAACUUGGUCCUGGCAGUGCAACGGGAUGACUCUCUGGUGUAUUUUGUGAGUCAGUCACCCGAACAUGACAAGCUGACUAGCGUGGACUGGCCUGAGUCCUUUGCAGCCUGUGAGCACCUGUUCCUGAAGCUGGUUGGCCGAUUUGCCCCAGAGAAGACUUGUCAUCUCAAGUGCCUCCAGAUCAUUUCAUACCUCCAGAGCCUCAAGGCCCCGCCCCACGGGCUACAUCAACCCAUUCUCACGCCUUACCACUUCAAGACUGCCCUCAUGCACCUCUUGCUGCGGCUGCCUCUCACUGACUGGAAGCCCGAACUAUUUCCCCAACGGCUCCAGGACAUCCUCUGGUACCUUGGCCGUGGGCUACAGGAGAGAUGUCUUUAUCACUUCCUGAUCGGAAACACCUUUCUACCCCUUACCAUCCCAGUCCCCAAGAACUUUCGGAGUGCCAAGCCUGUCAAUCUCUUUCGGCACCUCGAACUGGACUCUGCGGCACACUCAAAGGCAGUGACAGAGUUCCAUGACCUUGUGACCCAGGUGAAAUCUUUGCCCGGAUUACCACUAUCUGGUAGGGUCAUGUAAAGGCCAUUAAAAUGGGAUUUCUGAUUUUC